ACACACACACACUGAUGUUCAACACUGUUCAUCAUCCUCAUCCUCAGGAGCUGCUGCUGUUCAGGACACACACAGGAAAAUCCACACGGAGAUUCUCACAGCAUCACAUUGUGCAUCAUCACCCAGAGGAGACAAAUCUGCUUUAACAACCUGUCCGUGUUGUUAUUCAGCAGCGCGACGAGAAUCUCAGUCACAUUUCCGAAGAUGGAAAUCAAAUAGACGCGGAUUUACCUGAAGUUUUGCAGAAGCGGACACUGGAGUAAGCUGGAAUAAUAGCGUGCAAUAUUAACUAUUGGAAAUGCUGAACAAUAACUGAACAAACACAGACUGCUUCUGAUACUGGACAUCGCACUUUUUUGCGUGUUUUUAUUUGCGCGCCCUCGGGACUGUUACGCGCAUCCAUCAUUUAGAUUGCGUUGAACUAUUCAGGAGUCAGGACAGCGUGUGAAUCUCUCUUUCUCUCUGUCUGGAGUGGAUUUAACACGUUAAUACGCUGUAAGAUGGAGGAUCAGACGCAUCUAAUGCAGACCCUGGGCGGUGUGACCCUCGCCGGACACCCGCUGUCCUUACCGGCGCCUCAUGACGGAAAACAGCAGGACAUCGGAGACAUUUUACAGCAGAUCAUGACCAUCACCGACCAGAGCCUGGACGAGGCGCAGGCAAAAAAGCACGGGCUGAACUGUCACCGGAUGAAGCCGGCUCUCUUCAGCGUGCUCUGCGAAAUCAAAGAGAAAACAGGUCUGAGCAUGCGCAGCAGUCAGGAUGAGGAACCUACAGAUCCGCAGCUCAUGCGUCUGGAUAACAUGCUGCUGGCGGAGGGCGUGUCCGGGCCUGAGAAAGGGAGCGGGGCUGCGGCGGUUGCUGCGGCUACAGCAGCAGUGGGAGUCGGAGCUGACAACUCCAUCGAGCACUCGGAUUACAGAGCCAAACUCAGCCAGAUCAGACAGAUCUACCACACGGAGCUGGAGAAAUACGAGCAGGCGUGUAACGAGUUCACUACCCAUGUGAUGAACCUGUUGAGGGAACAGUCUCGCACUCGACCCAUUUCCCCCAAAGAGAUCGAGCGCAUGGUGAACAUCAUCCACCGCAAGUUCAGCUCCAUCCAGAUGCAACUCAAGCAGAGCACCUGUGAAGCUGUAAUGAUCCUGCGCUCACGAUUCCUCGACGCCAGGAGGAAAAGACGCAACUUCAGCAAGCAGGCGACGGAGAUCCUGAACGAGUAUUUCUACUCUCACCUCAGUAACCCUUAUCCCAGCGAAGAGGCCAAAGAGGAGCUGGCCAAGAAAUGUGCCAUUACGGUUUCACAGGGGAAGGGAAGCACCAUCACUGUGUCACAGGUGUCGAACUGGUUUGGUAAUAAGCGUAUUCGCUAUAAGAAGAACAUCGGAAAGUUCCAGGAGGAGGCAAAUCUGUACGCAGCGAAGACGGCAGUGACGGCGGCUCAGGCUGUAGCGGCUGCAGUGCAGAACAGCCAGAACAACUCGCCCGCAACACCCAGCUCCGGUUUUCAGAUGAAAGAUGAAGAGUUUCAACUGGACGCAGCAGAAGAUAAAAACAAUCUGUUAAACAACAUGUUCACUGGUACUUCAGGUUCACACAGUUUACCAGGUUCAGGAGACUUGUUUAUGAGUAUGUCCAGUCUGAACGGGUCAUACCAGUCCAAUCAGGUCACCGGCGCUGGACAGACACAGGGAGACUCCAUACGUCACGCCAUCGGCCAGUCAUUGGGUUACAGUGAUGGUCUGCGGGGAAACCCACUUUACAGCCCUCAUGGCCUGAAUGGUAAUGGCGUUUGGCAUGAUGCCGUCACUCCGUCAUCAGUCACGUCUCCUAUAGAGGGAACAAACAGCAUUCACUCAGAUACCUCUAACUGACCAGUUCCCCAAACCGGAUAACCCACAGCAGCCCACAAAAUCUCCAGCGAUAACUAAUGAAGCAGACCUAAAACUGCACUUUGACCAAAAGAGAACCACACUGCAAAAAUGAACCCAGGAUUAAUGGCUCCAGUUUUCUUUCCAGAACUGGUGAUACCUCACCAAACAUCACCAACAUGUACGAUUGUGCAAACGAGGGACACUUUUCUCAUAAUCUUUGUGAACAUUUUGGAUAAUAUAUAUUAUGGUUUGAAUUGACUUGUAAAGUUGUUUUCUUGCACACUGGUAAAAAAAGAUUAGUUGAUUUUACUUUACUUAAUGUGAGUAAACCCAUUGCGAUUAAAUCGAUUUGUUGACUUUACUU